CCCUCUCACACAUUACCAUGUAUAAUGCUGUUUGGUGGUACCUGUUAUUUAUAUAGCUGCUACAAACACUUAGUUGUAUAAUAUUUACUCAUUUAAACAUGAAAGGAUAUUUUUUGAUUGCCUGUGUCUGUGUGAUAUUGAUGUCCUUGUUAUGUUCAGGGCACGCGCUUGGGUGUUUCAGGUGUGAUCUUGGAUUCUGGAAUCUGUGUUUUACUACGAAGACAAACUGCAGCAGUCAUGAGUUGUGUUAUGUAGGGAUUGGUAAAGCAGCCAGUGUCGUGGAUGUAAAGGAAAUGGGUUGUCUUGCGGCGAAGGAGUGCAACAAGACUACAGAUGUGGAGUUUUUCAAUAAAACCUUAUACACCAUGAAAAAAAGCUGCUGUGGUGAAGACUUCUGCAACGCAGGCCCAGCACUUCAAUUAUCCCUUAAUACUCUUAUCAUCCUUAUACUAGCUCAGAUGAUUGGUUUAUCUUGAUAUAAUUUCUCAUCUCCAAACUGUCGUAUUUAUAUAACUACAUUGAUUAACUAAUGCUGUGUUGGUGUAAUCCACUUAUUGUUUGUUCAUUUAUCACUGUUAAAUCACUGGUGUUUUGGAUGAUUUUUAUUCUACCUAGUGGAUUUUGUACAAGUGAAUGUGUUGACACGAGUACAUUUAGCCCCAUUUAAGAAGUAAAUCUAAAGUUUAAUAUACACACUAGUCAUGGCAUUAAGGUCCGUAAGUUUUAUAAAUCCUAAUUAAACUUUGUCUUUCAAUCUUGGAGUUUUAUUGUAAUAAAUUAUUGCAAAUGUCAAA